CCUUAUGAAGAAGAAUUCCUCCCACAAACAGAAGGGCCAUCAAAGCUGGAGUUAGCCUUGGCGGCCUUCACGGGCCAUUCUGCACAGCCAUGCUACAUUCCACGACCAGAUCCAAACUAUGAAUUGAGGCUUCUCGUGGAGCAGUUUGCUGGGACACCGAGACACGCAAUCGCAAGAUGGACCUCUUUUUCCCAUCUUUUGCUCCUCCUAACUCUUCGUCCCUUCGUAAAUCGGGGGAGACUGUUCUGCACUCAGCAAAGCAAACAGAGCGGGUUGAGCAAGUUUGUGCACAAAUUGCUCAAGAUCACCCUUCUGCUACCAUACUAGAAGAGGAGGAGGAAGAUGAAGGCUACAAGGACAUUGUGGAGCAAACAGAAGUUGUCACGGAGAGCUCCCGUGAAGAUCAUGAUCAAGAAUGUCCUGUUGUAGCCGACCACACCUUCCCACAUCCCACACCGAGCAUUGAAGAGGUGGGCAUGAUCAAGGAGAUGCAAGAUGACCUCAUGAAAGAAAUUGCUUGGCAACUUGCUCUCCAAUCCGUGCUAGAAGAAGAAGAGCGAGAAAGGAUGAGGAAAGAAGUUGCGGAGGAUGACGGAAGUGAAUUAGAGGAAGUUCUUGAUCUUUUCCGAAUGGAGGAAUUAAAUUCUGAAGAAGGAAGGGGGUUGAAGAAGCAAUUGGCGUCCAGGCUGGGGAUGAAGUUGAGGUGGAAGAGGCUUGCACCGGCCUUAUGUUGCAAGUAAUAUCCCUACCAAACUUCAAGGAACUGCUUAGCAAGGACCCAUUUGCAGUGUCUCUUUGCCAGACCAAGGCCACAUCGACAUCGGUCCCUCUUGGUGGAUGCGAUGGUGGUCAAUCGAUGUUGUCAUAUCUGGUUUGGGGCAAUGAGACGAGAGAAGAGAAGAAGAGGUCUCGAGGGUGGAGACUUCAUCUGCAUCAAGUGUACGAGCUUCCAUCACCUGUCAUACCACAUGUUCGUGACUUGAGACUCCACCUCAUCGACAAGAACCUCAACUUCAAAGAGGUUCUGGGGUGGACCGAAACUUAGGAGCCAUCAUCCGACUCACGACGUGAACGAAGCGCAUGUUGGGAGGCAACCCAACCAGUCGGUUUGCAUUUCUUUCUCUAUUUUUCCUCGGUUGAGUCAGUUUUGUUCUUUGAUUUUAGAGUCAAUAACUCAACCUUUGUGAGAUUUUGUGUGGUGUUUGUAUUCCAACUACUCUCUCCUCCUGGAAUGCACCACCUGCCCCAUCCACCAUCAUUCACCCUUGAUCUGGUAAUGUUGUUCUACCCUCCUCAUCUUUCUUCCAUUGAGGACAAUGUCAUGCUUAAGUGUGGGGGGAUGUUCAAUUAUGUAUGCAUGUGAAUGUUUGGCUGUAUGUGUGUGCUUGGAGCCUAGUCCACUGUCCAAAUUUUGAUUUGAGGGCUCCAAGUACGUGUUCCUUGCAAUUUCCUGCUCAGUAUGCUUUGAGUUGACAGUCUCUAUAGUAAUGUGCAACCUAGGGAGGCAGUGUAGCACUAUGGAGGAUGUUGAUGCAUUUAAGAAGUCUCCUUUCUUCUUCAUAUUGUGUUGGUUGAUUGUGUGAAUUAGUAAUCUUAGGAGUUAGGACCCUUGAAUUGUGUGGCUUUGUGGACUCUCUACCUGUCAUGGACUCCUGUAUCAUGUUUUGAAAUAAAAGGUGCUCGAAAAUGUGUUUUAAAAUAACUUCUCCCAUGCGAAUAGGGCAAAAGUGUGUAAGGGGAGACGGGAAUCCGUUCCCAAUUUUCACCUACUACCUCCAGGCCCCUUACAUUUCUUUCCCCCGCAUGAGGCUCGAGACAUCUGCUCCUGGUAUGGCCGGUAAGAGCCGGGCUCUCGCAAAACCUCUGCUAGGUGGGAGCCCCCAUUUUCUGAAAAAUAGAUUGGAACCCUUGAAAAGAAAAAGAAAAAAAAAACAGAAAAACAAGAAGAAGAAAAGAAAAAAGAAAGAAAAGGAGUUCCAACCAUCUUCAAGAAGAAAAUAGAGCACAUUAAAAAUGUGAGUCCAUGAUCUUUUGUUUUUGAGAGUCCAUUCGUCCACGAUUCAUUUGUCCUCUGAUCACUAUUUGCCAUGAUGCCGACUCGAGACUAGCGUUCUCACCGAAGAAGCUAUGAGAUGACUUGUGCGUCGGUUGACCUCGUAAGCUGCUAAAUGAUCUAGAAAAUCCUCUAUCAAUGAUCGAGGGUGCAUGUUGCUAUAGAGGUCUGGAGAGUUGCAUUGGUUUGAGUUAGGUUUGCUUGGGGACAAGCAAACGGUUAAGUGUGGGGGAUUUGACGACUCGAUAUUUGCACAUGUUUUCCCCUUUGCUUCUUGAUUGUUUAAGCUUGAAUUAUCGCUUCUUUGGCCUAUUUUAUGCUAGGUUGUGUUCCUUUGUCACAUUUCAGAUCCUAGCACAUAAAGUAAAGCAUAGGCGCAAGUUUCAAGUCAAUCAUAUAUCAAUUGGCAACUCGGGGGACAAAACUCGGGCAUGACCUAAAGAAGAAUGGAUUUCUAUCUCACUUUGUGACCAUAGAAUCAUGUAAUCUUGUCGUGAGAAGAAAGAGGACGAGACUACGAGCAUCUGGGAUCAAACAACACCUGAUUUGGAGUCCGAACGAGGGAGAAACGAAGAAUCAAAGAUAGGGCACCCGGAACUGCAAAAUACCCGACAAUAAUACCCUACCGGGUAUUUUGACCAUCUGAUAGGGUAUUUUUGGCAGCAUCAGAAGGCCCCCCGAUCGUGAACCAAAAAUACCCAACCGGGUAUUUUCCCUUUUGCCUAGAAGAGUGACCCGGAGCAUUUUGUUGAUACCCGACCGGUUCCCCGAAUACCCAACCGGGUAUUUGGACCGGGUUUCGUGAACACAGGUUGUUAAAAGCCUAUUUUGUGCGUUUUUGGAGGGAGAGGGCUGGGUUUUGGAUCCCAAACACCCAAGGGACGAACCAAAGAAAGAGAGGGCGGUUUGAGGGCAUUCUUGGAGUGGAAUUGGAGAAUUUCUUCGCCUUGGAAGCUCGAGGAACAAGCCCGGACUUGAAGACUGAUCAUCUGAAGAUUCUUGCUGCAGUCUCUCUCUUCUUUAUGGAGUAACUUCCCUUCACUUAGGUUUUGAGGAACCCUAUCUAUGUUUGUUUGAUUGGAUGAUUGUAUGAGUACUCUUACUUGAUAAUCUUGAGUUCAUAUUCAAUCUAUGCAUUUUUUCAUGAUUCAAUUCUGCUUUAGUCGAGAUUAUUGAUUCUGCUAUGAUCAUAUGAGAGCGAAUACAUGAUUAGGUCAAUAGAGUACCAUAGAUUGAUAGUAUUGGAUCGAUUGCUUUAGUCGAGGGUCGAUUCACUGCUUUGUAUCGAUUGAGAACCUCAUUCGAUAGAGGGAGUCUAGUUCAGAACGCCUUGAUCGGUUGUUCUAGAGAAGGAUACGUCCCUCUAGGCAAUUGACUCAAGAGGGCCUUGUUCCUUUAGUUGAGACUCAAGGUCUAGUUAAGGAUUCUCCGCAUUGUAAAUGAAAGUGAAAUAGGUUAGAGAUCAUCAAUCAUUAAUCUGGCUAAUGGCUAGGGGGAAUCAUGCCUAAGUUUGUUCCCAACCUAUAAUUAUAUUAACUUUAACUGUAGUUUGCUAGAGUAGUUUUAGUUCUUCCAUCUUAAUCUGGUUUGCUAGAUAAUGAACUGAAGCUGAGUAAUAGUAACUCUAGAGACCCGUGGAUUCAAUAUUUAUUACUUGAGCCACUAUAUUGCAGUCCCUUACAUUGGUUACACUUGGCCUUUGUUAGGAGUUGUGUCAUAGUGAGUCAACAAGUUGAACCUUUCAUGAAUAUAGCCUUCGUUUGUCACAUAGAUUGGACCAUAUCCAGAACUGGAAAAUCAGAACAGAGGAGCAAAGGCAACCCCACUAAGGGGUUGAUCUGAAACCAUCAGGAAAAGGGAUGAAACCACACAUGACAUCUCGAAAAUAAGCCAAGUAAUGGAUGGAGCACACAAAAGAAAAGAAGACAGAACCCUUGGACAACGGGAAAGUCGAAAGAAAUUAGAAGAAAAAAUAAUGGAAAUAGAUGGGUGGGUUACCGUUGGUCACCGCUGAAAGGUACUGUCGACAUCCUUUGAGAAUUUCAAAAGGGCACUAGAGAGAAGGGAGGGUGGCGAUAAGAGAUGUAUAUAUAACUAUGUUGUUUGAACAAUAGACAUGGAUGUGGGAUUUCGAUCAUAGGUUAAUGAUUGUUUGCUUGUUGGAUUUUGGUGAUAGAUUUGUGUAUCAAUCUAAAUCAUAAUGUAUUUAGUCAAAAUCCUUUAUUUGUUGGUCCAAAAUUUGAAGGCAAAUUCGUGGGGGAUUAAAAAAAACCCUCAUUAUUCUUAUGAUAUCACCUUAUUUCAAUUUCCCCUUGUUCUAUUGUUAUUUCAUCCAUGUAUCUUUUUCUUUUACAACUUAUUUUUUUAUAGAAAUAUUGACUCUUAAAUGUCUAAUUCAUAUAAGAUAACAUAAUUACUUGAGAGAUUUUUAUAGUAUCAUGAUAUAACCACUGUCUACGUUUCCGGUCACACACAUUGAAGGAAUACAUGCGAAAAGGGGAACAAUGGCCUAUAUUUGCAAGAUAGUCCGAUGCAAAAUUUGACUCUUUAUAUAAAUGGUUAACUGUGACCUCCCAAUUGAGCCUCAAAAGGUGCUUAAAAAGUUUCAGCAAUAGAUGGAUUCAAUUGAUUUUGUUAUAAAAUCGAUUGUGAUGUCCUGGUAUGACCAGUAUGACCGAUUUUUUACAUGUUAAUAAAAAGAUGUCUUUUUGGUGAAUUUUAUUAAAAAUAUAUCAUUUUGAUUUGUUUCUUGAAUAUGAUAGUUUAAAUGUUUAUGUUAUUUUUCGGAUUCAAGUAUGAAUGUUUAGAAUUUUAUGUUAUUUGUUGGAUUCAAGUACAAAAGUUUGAAUGUUGGCUUCAUAUAUGAUAAUUUUUUAACGAAUGUUGUAUUUCAUUUAAAUAUAAAUGUAGAUUUUACAGAGAUUGUUUUCAAAUAUGUUAUAUAUACACACACUUAAAUUCACCUUCAGUGUUUAUGAUUUCCACUUUCCUAUGUGUUUUACUAAAACCAACAUAAAACGGAAUAAAUAGAUCGUAUCACCAGUCUGAUUAUAUCACUUGCCAAACCUGCUUAACUAUAUAUUAUAAAUAAGCUCCACACCAUGCUCAAAAAUGAAACCAUUGUUAUAAGAAUCGAACCCAAUCAACUGUUGAGCUAGUAGAACUACUAAUCCAAUUACAAUACCGAUUCGGUUCAUUUAAUUGGACGAUUAGGAUGAACCCGAUGGUUUUUAAUGCUUUGUCUUUGACAUGAAACCAGAUGAACCACCCCAAUUUGAAAGGUCCAUUGGUUCACAAUUUUAGCCACAAAAAAAUUAAGAAGAAACAAUUUUAAUGUAAACUAAGAUCAACCAACCUCACUCACUAGUUUUAUUUAUGCUUCAUUUUCUUCAUUUUCCAGCCUAUUUGUUAGUUUCAUGGGGUUCUCUACAGAUUGUCACCAUAAUUACUGCCUUGAAUUUAAUAAAAAUAUUUUGAUUACUUUUAUGAAAUAGUUUGAAUACUUGUUAGAAUUAGAAUUUUUUGGUAAUUAGAUUAUAUGGAUUUUUUAAAUUUAUUUAUCGUUAGUGAUAGCUUCUAAUUAAGUAUAUUGUAUAAUUCUUCUAUGACAUAACUCAUAUACGAUUUUGUCAACGGUUAACCAGCGAUUCUAUAAUCAAUAAUAAUUGAAUCGUCAACUAUUAUCUUUUUUGAUUCAGCAACUAUUAACAAUUAAUCAUCUUGGCCAAAUAGGGGGGUGCAAGUUCGAGGGGGUGUAAAGUGAAGGGGGUGCAAAUUAGAGUAGAGCGUAAGUGGAUGGAUAAAUUAUUUUUGGGAAUGAAAAAGUAGGGGUGCAAAUAAGCUGAAAAGUAAUUAGGUUAUAUUAUCAAAAAAUAUUCAUACAUAAAUAAAUAUUUACAUAAUAAUCAUGUAUAUUAAUAAAAUUUUAUUAAGAUAGGAAUACUCAAAUAGUAAUUAUUUAUAAAAAAAUAGUAAAUAAUAUUAUUAAGCCCAUAAAAAUCAUCAUUGUUCGAACAACCUCGAGGAUAAUAAGUUGAUUCGAACCCUAUUUCGUGGCCAAUACAUAAACUAGUUCAUAUCUCCCACACAACCAUUGUUUUUCGACAUUGUGAUAUCAAAUCGGGUUUAACUUCAAAUUGAAUAUUGUCAACUUAGUUACACGUUCGAAUCUAUAACUUUUAAUUGUUAAACAAGCAUAUUGAGUCAACAAUUGGAGCCAAUCUAACAAAAUUUUCCCAAACUCAAUGACGACAUUAGAGUAAACCCAAAAAUAUAGAAUAAUUAUUAUUUAAACAUUAUAACAGUUAUUCUUACUAUCAUAAUAUAUUAAUAAUAAUAAUUAUUAUUAUAUAAUUACAUGACAUUUCAUAGUCACAAAAUAAUUAAAGAAAAAAAUAAUACACAAAAAGAGAAAAUAAAUCAUAAUUAUAUCUAAUACCCCUUCUCUUUAUUUGCACUUCAAAUUGGGAGGUUGAUGGAAAUUGUGAACUUACUCCCAAUUGCACCCCUCACCACUAUUCCUAAUCCCUCUAUAAUAUAUGGCAGAGUUUCAUGAGAUUUCCAUUUUUAAUUCUUUUUGUUCUCCUUAAUUGUAGUUAGGGUUAUAAUAGUAAUUGAAAUUCUUACUUUUUAAUAAUAAAAAUAAUACUAAGUUUGUUUUCUGUUAGAUAUGAAAGUUGAUCAUUCCUAAUAAAGAGAAAAAUCAUGA